GAAGGGCAGGAGGUGAAAGAGUUUACUGUGUUUCUUACCAUGUUGGAGGAUGCACGACAGUCUGUGCACGUAUCUGUAUUGGCUGAGGCAACUGUGAGCGAUUUCAUUGGACUGAUACUGUAUAAAUGCUACAUUGAUGUUCAGGAUCCUCUUCUACAGGAUGACGUUUCUAACUAUAAUCUUCGGAUUGCUGAAGAAGAUGGAGACAUUGAUGACGACUUUCCACCGUUAGAUGCAAAUGAAACUGUUGGCAAGUUUGGUUUUCCUGUCUUGGGGCUUGUCAGGAAGAGUCUUCGUUCUGUGAAACAGACGGUCGUCGUUACAGUAAAGGCUCCCGGUGGGUCAAGCAAAAUUCCAUUUGAUAACGUACAGAUUGGGAUGCAGGAAGUCUUUGAAAAGGUCUUGAAAAAGAGACGUUUAAUGAGAACAGGAGGAGAUUAUGUGCUUGAAAAGUUGUCAGAAGCAGGGAAACCUGUAGAUCUCACUACCUCACUUGCAGAUCAGCAAACGACAGACUUCAUUCUUGUUAGAAAAGACAGUCCACAAGUCCAGACCAAGUCUGAUGCAGCAACUUCCGUCCAAGCAACACUGACCAGUCACCAAUACAAGUCGUAUAGAGUUACAAUAUCACACAAAUUGCGGCAAACAAGCGAAGUGCAACUUGGUGUGUCUGGUGAGAGGAUUGAAGUCGAUCCCAUGCAGCAGCCAAGUUUCUUAUUUUGGACAAAAUCGAAGCCGGUUUCGUAUGAUUUUGAUUUGAUUGUGUGGUGUGAGAUCAUGGAUGAGAAACACACGGGUCGUACUGUCUUUUCUUUUGUUCAUGAUACUGGAUUAGAGUUUAAGAGUCACUUCUUUGAGGCUCAAACUGCAGUUGCAAAAGAGAUUGUCACCCAAAUCAAUAACAUUCUUGAAACUAAAGUCGCCAAUGAAAGGAGAACCCAGUUUGUUGCCAUGAUGAACGACAAAGAGAAGCGAAAAGACAAAAGGAUUAUAAAAUCUCGUUCUGCGACAAUUUUAAGUUAACCUAUAAUAUUGAAUUCAACGAUGCUAUGAGUUACGUAGAUAACACUGGAAUAUUUGAUCAGAUAUAAUUAAUUAAUUAUUUAUAGUUGA